AUGGCCGUUCAGAUUGCCAAGCCUCCGACAGUUUACAUCAACCUGGGCACCCAUGAAAUAUACGAAGAAGCCGACGCAAGGGAUCUGGUUAGUGUACUGAAGGCUCCGUUGGAUGCUGCCAAGAAGAAUGGUCAGGAGUUGUGGGUUCUGUGGAAGCUCAAGAAGCGUGGGGAAUACUCAGGCGAAGGGUUUUCGGCUGUGCUAAAAUUCAUCGGUUCAGAGUGGGAGGAAAACGUACGAAUCUCUAACUGGCUAGAGGCCGAGCCAAUGAUUUUCCUUGAGUCUGGAAAUAUCGUUUGUUCUAUAAACCACAAAGGGGCCAACUCGUAUUUCGAAGCUAUCAGUGCUGGUGUCCCUCAAGUUGUUCUCAGCGUUUGGUUCGAUACCCACGAUUUCGCAACGAGAGUAGAGUACCUGGUGAUUGGAAAACGUGGCAGUAAAAACCAUGCUCCAAAGCGCGCCGCCAAGGGACUCGCCCCAAUUUUAAAGCAGGCUGUGUUGGGCAAAAGGGCCGAGAGCUUCGGAAAGAAGGCGGCUGACUUGGCGGACGCUUGCAAGGCAGAGGGCGGCGGCAGGGUUAUUGCUGUAAAGGCUAUCUUGAAAGAGUUGAAGUGA